UGAUGAUGAUGAUAAUGAUGAUGAUGAUGAUGGUGAUGUUCUCAGCAGGUAGAGCUGAUUCAUUCGGGCUCUGCACCUGAGCUUCUGUCUCGUUUCGAGUCCAAAUAUCUGUAAAUUCUGAAAUCAGUCUGCAUUUUUCAAGAGUCUUGUUUACAGAAAUUCAUUCAUUCAUUUAUUUUCUUGUCGGCUUAGUCCCUUUAUUAAUUCGGGGUCACCACAGUGGAAUGAACCGCCAACUUAUCCAGCACGUUUUUACACAGCGGAUGCCCUUCCAGCCGCAGCCCGUCUCUAGAAAUGCUGGCUGAUGUGAGAGUUUUCAGACGUGUUAUUGGAGAUGAUUACUAUUAUAACUGGAGACGUUUUGAGACAGAAGCUCUGGACGUGUUGCAGUGUGUGUGAUAUCAUGGCGUGUGGUGAGGAUUAUUGAGGAUGAAGAUUAGAGUCGUUCUUUAACCUCUAUAUUUUGAGAUGCUCUUUGAAUAAUGAACACUAAUCAUAAGUGCACAUGUUUAUUUAGUUUAUUAAUCACGAGGCCUGACACUCUGAUACUCUUGUAAACCACAUAUAACCUUCAUUAAAGAGACAGUUCACCCAAUAAUCUUAAUUCCCUCAGUCUUAUUUCAAAUCUGCUGAACACAAAGGAAGAUAACCUGAAGAAUGCUGGAACAACAGACCUUGACUACCAGCAUGUUUCAGGAGUUCACACUCAGCUGAUGAUUGACUAUAAAGCGUGUUCGGCAUGCAGUCCUGGGAGCUCAUAAGAUCCUCGAGCCCGGGGCUCCCUCCCGUUUGCAGGGCGAGAGGGGAGUUUGAGCUCAGGUAAAUGUGGAGAACUCCCCUGCUGUAGUAGCUGAUGAGCAGAUAGUGAUGGCUCUUCAGAGAUAACCACUGACUAGCAGCAUGUCUGUGUGCUGAUGUGGAUUACUCAAUUAGCUUAAGCUGCAUGUUUUUGGAUGGUGGAAGGAAACCAGAGGAAAUCCACAUGAGCCCUUGAGGAACAUGUAAACUCCACACAGAAACAUCAACUGGCUUGGUAAGGACUAGAACCAGUGACGUUCUUGCUGUGAGGCAACAGUGCUAACCACUGGGCCACCGUGUCACCCAUCUAGGAAAGGAGGAGGAGCAGGGGUGGAAAGGGGGAUUCUUCUAAACAGAUGGCCGUCAUAUGGAGCUGAGGGUGUUCAUAGUGACUGAGGAAUCAUCGAAAAUGCAAACUUGGUCACUUGAAGCAUGUCUUAGCCAAUCAAGUAGCAGCUUCUAGUCUUCUUCCCUACAUACUGCCAUAGAGAUAGCUUUAGCAUUAGCUGUUAUGCUUUUCAGGCUAAUGAUUUCAGGCUUGCCCUCAAUAGGCUUUAGUGAAUCUUCUGCAAAGGUUGCAAAACAUAAGCAUUUCAAAUGUAAAUCAGCUGUUUACAAAGAGUGGCCGACUGUAAUAUUGGUUACCUAGCAACCAACAGGUAACAAGGCAAGCAUCAUUAGAGAGGCCGACUGUAAUAUUGGUUACCUAGCAACCAACAGGUAACAAGGCAAGCAUCAUUAGAGAGGCAGACUGUGGUAUUGGUAACCUAGCAACCGACAGUAAACAUUGAUAGAGUGGCCGACUGUAGUAUUGGUAACCUAGCAACCGACAGUAAACAUUGUUAGAGUGGCCGACUGUAGUAUUGGUUACCUAGCAACCAACAGGUAACAAGGCAAGCAUCAUUAGAGAGGCAGACUGUGGUAUAUUGGUUACCUAGCAACCAACAGGUAACAAGGCAAGCAUCGCUAGAGAGGCCGACUGUGGUAUUAGUAACCUAGCAACCAUUAGUACACAAGGCGAGCAUCCCUAGAGUGGCUGACUGUGGUAUUGGUAACCUAGCAACCGACAGUACACAUUGUUAGAGAGGCUGACUGUGGUAUUGGUAACCUAGCAACCGACAGUAAACAAGACGAGCAUUAUGGAGUCAUGUCGGUGUAAAAUGCACUUCAGCAAAUGUGUUUCAUCUCUUAUUAUUCGUCUCUUAGUGUUUUGUUUUGUAAAGUAAGAGAUAUGAUGUUUGGUGAUUCCGUUGCUUGUUCUCGUUCCAGCAUUCUUCAGAAUAUCUUGUUUUGUGUUGUGAGUGUGAUUUAACGCUGAGGACAUGUUGAUUUUUGCGUGAACUGCCCCUUUAAUGACGUCACUCGUCUCUAGGUGUCUUCAGUAUAUGAAGAUUUGUUUCUGCCAUGGAAUAAAAACUGAUUUUCUCACCAU